CCUCCAGCUGAGUCACAGCUCCCCUUCCUUCCACAGCAUUGCAGUACUCCGGCAGCACAAGGCAGCCUGCUCCUUCUCUUCCUCCUCUGCAUUCUGCAGCCGUCCUUCCACCGCCCAUCUCACCAUCCCCACCAUGGCCAGCACCGUUUCAGCUUACAAAGAGAAAAUGAAGGAACUGUCUCUGCUUUCGCUGAUCUGUUCCUGUUUCCACACCCAGCCGCAUCCAAAUACCAUCUACCAGUAUGGAGAUAUGGAGGUCAAGCAGUUGGACAAGAGGGCUUCUGGCCAAAGCUUCGAAGUGAUUUUGAAGUCCCCCUCUGACCUGUCUCCGGAGAGCCCCAUCCUCUCCUCUCCUCCCAAGAAGAGGGAUCUGUCCCUGGAGGAACUGCAGAAGCGAUUGGAAGCUGCCGAAGAGAGAAGGAAGAACCAGGAAGCUCAGGUCCUGAAGCAGCUUGCAGAGAAGCGCGAACACGAGCGGGAAGUGUUACACAAGGCUCUGGAAGAGAACAACAACUUCAGCCGGCUGGCUGAGGAGAAACUCAACUACAAGAUGGAGCUCAGCAAGGAGAUCCGCGAAGCUCACCUAGCUGCCUUGAGGGAGCGACUCCGUGAAAAGGUAAGUGCGCCGUCGACAAAUCCCAACAGCUCAUGUCUUCGACCCUAAGCUGCCCUCGUGGUG